AUGGAACGGUAUCAGCGCAUUGAGAAGGGCGGUUCCAUUGGUGAAGGCACGUACGGUGUCGUUUACAAGUCACUGGAUUUGAAAACAAAGAAAGUAGUGGCGCUGAAACGUAUUCGGUUAGAGACGGAGGACGACGGGAUUCCUAGUACAGCGCUGCGCGAGAUUUCCGUGCUACGUGAGUUGGAACAUCCGAAUAUCGUGAGUCUAUUGGACUGUCUGCAGGAAGAUGGGAAGCUUUUUCUCGUAUUUGAGUUCAUGGAUAUGGACCUGAAACGACACAUGGAACACAAGACAGGCAAGCUUGAGUCGAGUCAAAUCAAGAGUUUUCUGUACCAGUUGCUGAAAGGACUUGCGUUUUCACACUCGCGCGGCAUCAUGCAUCGAGACUUGAAGCCGCAGAAUUUGCUGGUGAACACAACGGGUGAACUAAAGAUCGCCGACUUUGGCUUGGCGAGAGCUUUCAGUCUGCCGAUUAGAAAAUAUACACACGAGGUGGUCACACUGUGGUAUCGAGCGCCCGAGAUCUUGCUCGGCCAGGAAGUGUACUCACCCCCUGUCGAUAUUUGGUCCGUCGGAGUUAUUUUUGCCGAGAUGGUGUUGAAGAAGCCGCUCUUCCCCGGCGACUCCGAGAUUGACCAACUCUAUCGUAUCUUUAGGACUUUUGGUACGCCAAAUGAAGCAUUAUGGCCAGGUGUGACAAAGCUCCGAGACUAUGCGUCUACGUUUCCGAAGUGGAAGAAGAAGAAUAUACGAGAAUUAUUUCCUCAGCUAGACGAGAGUGGACUAAACUUGUUGGAGUUCAUGCUGCGCUACGAUCCAUCCAUGAGAAUCAGUGCAAAAGAGGCACUGCGUCACCCAUACUUUGAUGACGUGGAUGCCGAGUUUAUGUAA